AGGAAUAUAAACAGAAAUAAAUUAGAUUAUUCUAAUUAAUCACAAAUAUUAGUCAAAGAAAUUAACACUAAUGGAUUCUUCGGAUGAUCGUGAGGUUUCAAUCAUCAACAACAACAACAAUCAAGAAAAUAAUCAUACUAAUCAAGAAGAUGAUCAAAAUAAUUUGGUGAUGAUCAUGAAUAAUAAUACUUCUACUACUGAUCUUGAUCAAUCUUCAGACCCUGAUCAGAACAGAAUUAUUAUUGCUAAUAAUAAUAAUAAUAAUAUUAUUAGGAGAAGAGGUCGACCAAGAAAAUACAAUAUUAUUGAUGAUAAUAAUCAUAAUAAUAUUAAUGAUGAUAAUGAUGAUCAGAAAAUAAUAAUGUCAACCAAGAGGAGUAGAGGAAGACCCAAAGGCUCAACAAAUAAAAUCAAAUCUUCAUCUUCAUCUUCUAUGAUUUUGCCUACUUUUUAUGGUGGCAAUGCUAUAAAAAAUUUGGCUCGUGAUGUUAUUAAUAUAAAACCCCAUGAGGAGAUUACACUUAAGAUUAGUGAAAUGGCUAGAAGAUGUGGUGGUCAACGGUCAAUGAUCGUUGUUGAAGUUAAAGGGUCAGCACUUUUUAAACCCAUUGCUCAAGGAUAUCAACAUCAACCACAGGGUCCUUAUCAAAUUAAUUCUAUGACUAUAUCCAAUUCUGAUAAUGAGAAUGAAGACAGAAAAGUUAGUGUUAAAAUGGUGGACCCCAACACUGAAUUUGUCAAAUUUGAGGGACGUGUAAGAACACUAUUAGCAAUUACCAAAGUCAAGAUAGUCAUAGAUAGUUUUGAAGAAGAUUCAAGGGAGCAAGUGGAAUCAUCAUCAUCAUCAUCAGGCAUGGCUAUGACUACUGUGGAUAAUAAUAUUAAUGGAGUUUAUGGUAGUAAUACUAAUAAUAACUACUCAUCAUCAAUGUUAAUUACUCAUCAUCAUCAACAACAACAACAACAUCAUCAUCAUCAACAACAACAUCAUCAUCAUCAUCCACGGCCAUAUUAUAAUCCAUUACUACAAGGACAACCAAUCCCAACACCAAAUAAUCAUCAUGGAAGAAAUGUUAAUGGUUUUUCACUACAAUAGUUACCAUUUUUUUUUUCAUUUUUUUUAUGAUAUUUUUCAUCAUUAGUUGAGGCAUACAUUGUUAUUAUUAUUUUGUUAUGGUAACUACUUUUAAUUAAUUUGCUACAACAUUUAAUGUUCAUAGAUUAAAGAAAACAUAUAUUCUUUUAUUUU